CUGCCGGCGAUGGAGGCGCCCGCAGCUACGCCGGCGCUGCCCGACGCGGGGGCGGCGGCGCCGCCCGCCUGCCGGCUGUACGCGCGCCGCUGGCUCAUGCUGGCCAUCUUCGUGCUCUGCUCGCUGUCCAACUCCAUCCAGUGGAUCCAGUACUCCGUCAUCACCAACAUCGUCACCGAGUACUACCGCGUCGACAGCAACGCCGUCAACUGGACCGCGAUGCUGUACGAGGUGCUCUACAUACCGCUCAUCUUCCCCGCCUCGUGGAUUCUCGAGAAAACAGGCCUGCGCGUGUGCCUGCUGGCGGGCAUCUUGGGCACGGCCUUGGGCGCCUGGGUGAAGGUGUUCUCGGUGGGCCGACACCUCUUCUGGGUGGGCUUCGCCGGCCAGAGCAUCGUCGGCGGCUCGCAGAUCUUCAUCCUGAGCCUGCCCGCGCGCAUCGGCGCCGUCUGGUUCGGCCCCGACGAGGUCUCCACCGCCGUCUCCAUCGGCGUCUUCGGCAACCAGCUGGGCGUGGCCCUGGGGUUCCUGCUGCCGCCGCUGAUCGUCAAGUACCACGAGGGCGACAUGGAGGCGAGCGGGAGCGAGUUCGCGCUCAUGUUCUACCUGAUGGCCGGCUUCUGCACCGUGCUGCUCGUCGUCGUGGUUGCGCUGUUCCGGGCGGCGCCGCCCACACCCCCGAGCCCGGCGCAGGCGGCGCAGAAGGAGGCGGCGGCCGACGAGGGCGGCGGCGGGGGCGGCAGCUUCCUGUCCUCGACGUGGCGCCUCGUCACCAACCCCGGUUUCGCGCUGCUGCUCGUCGCCUACGGUAUCAACGUCGGCGACUUCUACGCCAUCUCCACACUGCUCAACCAGGUCGUCCUGCAGUACUUCCCGGGUCGUGAGGUGGACGUGGGCCGGCUGGGUCUGGUGAUGGUACUGGCCGGGAUGGUGGGCAGUGUCUGCUGCGGCGUCGUGCUCGACAAGACGCACAAGUACAAAGAGGUGACGCUGGCCAUCUACUUUAUGUCUCUGGUGGGCCUCGUCAUCUACACCUUCACCCUAAACUGCGGCUACAUCGAAGUCGUCUACUUCACCAUCAUCUUCCUCGGGUUCUUCAUGACGGGCUACCUACCAGUCGGCUUCGAACUGGCGGCAGAGCUGACGUACCCCGAGCCCGAGGGCACCUCCGCCGGCAUGCUCAAUGCGUCGGUGCAGGUAUUCGGCAUCGCCUUCACACUCUUCUACGCGUGGCUGUUCGAGCUGGCGGGCGACAUGUGGGCCAACGGUGCGCUCUGCAUCACGCUGGUGGUUGGCACGGUCAUCACCGCAGUCAUUCGCGCCGACCUGCGCCGCCAGAGUGCACAACGGCAGCACCUGCAGCCAGUGCCGUUGCCUGCCUGAUAGGUGCACCACAGUUGGCAGCCCUGCACCAGCAACCUGGGCUCUGCCUGCAGCACACAGGGGAUUCUCUCACUUGGUAAUGAAGUACUGUGCUCUACCCAGUGAUAUAUAACUAGACUGGAUGUCUAACUGCAGCUGUCUGAACAUUCCAAACAAGUAUACUCGUAUGUGAUUUCUUGCCGAACUACAUUAUGGAGGCCAUGAAAUAUUACUAGAAUGUAAGCAAAAUACCUCCAAUUCUGGUUUGUCGUGAGCCUAUUACAUUGAAUGUUACAGAUUUCUGCAGAAGAAUGAAAUUAAUUGUUUAAAAACUAGAACAAAAGGGUGACAAGUCUUCUGUAUCAUUUAAAAACUUUGGGCUGAUUAGAAAGUUUAUAUGAUUUAUUUCACUUACCCUUUGCUCAUACUUCUCUUACCAUACACACAAACACCAUUAAAUGCAACAGAAAUUGAGGAAUUAAGUAUGAUAUUAUCAAAACACUUAAGAAUGUGUGAUUCGUAAAAUCAAGUGUACUGUACGAUGAAAAUAUUGGUUGACCGAAGUUGAGAUUUUGGUGAAACAUACCACUACUGAUCAUAAUAAUUACAAAUGGACUAAUAAGGUACUCAUUAAGUGCAAACUGAUAUUCAAAUUGCAAGCCCACUUAUUUCUCAAUCCAAAACGUAAUGCAUUGUUAUGUACUCGGUGUCUGAAGAGAUAUAUUGCCUAACAACAUUUUUGUUGCCACUCAGUCUCAUAGACACAAGAAUGUGUUACUCUCGAUGGGACAUUAAAUAUCAAUUCUUACCAGUUUCCUGUGGUAUACUCACAGUAAAAAUACAAACAACAUAAAAUGUCUCUGUAACACUAUUUUCUGCUACCAUUUGCACAGGGUCAGUUUAAGGAAAAAUGAGAAGCCACCGCUUGGCACACCAAGAUGAGAGCAACAUCCAACUGCAAGAUCUAUAUUAUAGUGUGUAUCACAAUUAUUAGUACAACAAAUCGCAGGUGAAACUGUAUGAAGGAGAAGAGGAGGGGAGGGGAAGGGAGGGGGGCGGCACCAUAUAAUAAGUCACUUGUAGUGACUAUCUUACGUAAUGCAAUCCUCAUCUGCUAUCACUGCUUCAGGGUGCAAAUUGGACGUAUACAAUUUAAUCCAAAUUAGUGUCAUUAUGAACAAAUGUUGGCUGUGUUAUGGGAAGGACGUAGAGCAGUUGCUUAUCAUACAGUGGCUGGCUGAACUAUAACCACAAUAUAUCAAGAAAACAUUUGUAACUUGAACCAAAAUACUCACGAUAAAAACAGGAAGCAGUUUAUCUUCAGAUAAUUCUGUAGUCUAUUAAAUAUGCUGGAACUGUAAAGCUUCUAUGCCCUAGUAUAGUUAAUGAUGCUUUCCUCUUUCUCUAUGUAGGACUGAUGAUUGUCAUGACCCAAGAAUGGUUCAAGAAAUGUUAUGCUGCCUUCUGGAGGAGGAUGGAAAGAUACAAUUAGAUAUUGUGCCAAAAAGCUGUGACAUCCACCCAGAAUAUUUGAGAUUCGUUUUUAUGUAUGUAAAUAGUGCACUUGUUACUUGUUGACACCAUUAACUUAUUAUACUGUAUGAUGUUAAUGUCAUUGGCAGGUUGAUGAAAUACAUUUGACUAUGUUAUCACAAUUAUCAACUCUUACUUUUGUCAUAAGCAAGUGAAAAUGUGGUGUGAAGAUCAAAAGCUAUUGUGUGUUAUAAUGUAUCAGUGAAAUGCACAUAAUCAUGUGUCUGAGGUUUAUAUCAUAAUUCACUGCCCUGUUUCUCCUCACUCUUUUCUGUGUCAUUUUCAUUGCAGCAAUAAGUUAUUGUUAAGUUUACUGAAAUAAGUGUUUGAAAUAGGCCAAGACUGCCUCCAUAGGUAUUAGAAUUGUUGCUUAUUGAAAGAUGGCUUAGAGUGUAAUUUUCAGUGAUUGUUCUUUUUAUUUAUGAAACAGUGUGGCGUCUUAUGUUGUUAAAUGAGUAAUUCUUUGUAUUAGUCAGCAGUGUUGUUUUUAAUCCUUUGCAACUAUUUUGCUAAAUCCUUUACAGCUAUUUUGCUACAGUGGUGUCUAAUUGAAGGUCUGAGUCUAGUAUGUGCAAUAUAACAUGUUUCUACAGCAAAAUAUCCACUUCUGGCAUGACACACAGAAAGUAUUGUUUCAAGAUUAAUUUUGAAUCACAGUAUUAGUUGUAAUUUGGCAGUUUUGUAUUCCAUACAGCUUAUAUCCUACAAUACCAGUAGUACUGAUUUGCAAAUGAAUCUGACUGUAAGAGAAUCUCAUUUGUGAUGUUCUCCAAACAUCAGAACAGAUGAUUCAUGAAACAUUAAAUGUCUGCAGCCUUGUCUGUUAGAUCUUUCAGGCUGUACAUGGUUAAUUACCAGUGACAUGUUCAUCUUGAGAAGAGAUUCCUACAAUAAUUUUUCACAAGGCCUAUUGGCUGUAUUUUCCUUGAAGGGCUAAUUAAAAGAUAGAGUUCACAUAAACACCACAUAAAUAUUUUAACAGCUAGUCCUUUUUGUUUCCCAAAUAAUCUAUUGGAAUACUAUACACAUUUAUCUGCCCUCUGAAAUAAAAUCAUGAAUCACAUUAAAAUAAAGUUGUAUCAUUGACCAUCAAAUAAUAUCCUUUUAUAAGAAUGUUCUCUUGCAAAUACCAGCGUAUUUGAGCUAAACAAAAAUGGUGUAAAGGAUCAAAUGUUCAGAUUUGGAAGCUAUUAACUGAAACUGGGAUUCACAGUUUGAAUUUUAUUUUUAAUACAGCACACAUGCUUUCAGGCACUAAUAAGAGUGAGCAUGAAUUACUUACAUUAAAUACAAAGAAUUGUUUCAUUUUUUUUUUUUUUUUUUUUUUUUUUUUAGCUGUCGAACAUUGAUUUCACUAAAAUCUUGUAUUAAAAGAGCGCAAAUAUGAAUAAUUAUUCCUGUAAGCUUGUCAGUUUCGAUCAGUGUGUUCAGUAUUGUACCCCUACAGCAAUUACUGGCCCUUCCUUUUAUACAGUGUAUCCCAGUGCAAACUGAAUUGUUUCCACAAGAAUGAUGUUGUAUAUAAUGCAUUAUGUGGUUUAUUAACGUAUUUUAUCAUAAGUGUACACAUGUCUUUGACAAUAAGAUGUGAUUCUGGUAUGGUCACUUGCUAGAAAGACUCAAGCUUAUAUUUAUAGAAUAGUAAUGCCGUUGUGUCUUAACUAGAGUUGUGCACAUAUAAGAAUAUUGUGCGGCGUUAAACCAUAAGAAUUUGUUUGGACAAUAUAAAACUAUUUUGUAGUACAUUUUCACUAUUUAUUCUUUAUAUGUAUCAGUCCUGGAAGUAAGCCUAUAUCAUAACCAAUGUUAACUAGUGAUGAACAAGUAAUAUAUUUUUAUGGCUAUUAAAUUUGUUUUCAAAUUACAUUAGGCUUGACAUUGUCAGUUUAAAUGUGGUUUUUAUCAUCAUGACACUACAAAGUACUAUAUUAUUCUUUUUUCUCGGUAGUAGUUUUAAGAUCAUCCAGAAAGUGUACAUCUCCAGAACUUUAAACAGAAGCAAAACAUUUGUAUGUGGAAAAAUGUAUUGGAAGAUGAUGGCAACUGUAGACAUAUCUCAACACAUUCAUCUAAAGAAUUGUGACAUUUUUGAUAUUGUGGGAUCAAUAUUUGUAUUUCUGUGUCAUAGACUUCUGCUGACUGCAAUUGGACCCAGGGUAUGCCAUACAAACUUUCCUGUCCCUAUAGGAAACUGUUGACUGUUCCUAAUCUUUUCAGCUACACGAAAAAUACCGAAGUCUAUUUGCGAGCAAGAUGUGAACUACAGGAUUGAUGGAAAACCAUAUCCCAGCAUAAUGUCAGCAGAAAAUUUGUCAUGUGCUGAGUUGUCUUUAAGCAUUACCAUGUCCUACCAAGCAACAUUCAGUGAGUGAUACACGCCCCUUGACCUGCAUCGUAUGCUGCAGUCUCCACUGUUUUUACAGUUUUGGUAUGCAUUCAUUGUUUUGGCUCAGGACAGAAAAUUGAUGAGCUGAACAUUUCACAUUGUGAAUUGUCAUUAAGAGGUGGCCACUUACUCAAUUCAUCAAUGUGGGCAUAUUGAGAAGAUUCUGAAAAUACUUGCUUGGUAGCAAGGUGCCAUGUGCUCAUUCCUGACCUGAAAUCUACAGCUUGCUCCUGACUUCCAGUCUGUAUACUAGAAAUAUCUGAUUAAUUUUGGCCAGCACUAUAUUCUGUCAAUUCCAAAACUCCAACAGAGACCUGCACAUGCAGGUUUUUGAUUUACCCUCCCCCUCAUACAAUAUAAGACCUACCAGCAUUUAUCAUAGUGAGAAACUUACUUUUUUCUGAAAUCUAAUUCAACUGACUUGUUCAUUAUUUAUGGAUAAUGUAUACACUGUUUUUUUUCCUUUUUCUUAGAAACACAAACUGUAUGGCCUAAAUCCCUUCAACAUAAUGCGCAUUACAUACAAAACCUUUUCAAAUAUACUAUCUUACCAUUUACUUCUUUGUCCAAAUUUUUAUCAAAAACUAUUGAACUAAUUUUACUGUCUGGUAGACGAUUGCUAUCUCUGCCACUGAUUCAUUUACAGAAUGUAUGUGCAACACAACGGGGACCAUAACAACAUUUCAGUCACCCUUGUUCUGACCAAAGAUUACCAUUUCUUCAAUUGUUGGUUAUGGAACACAAGCAAAGUAUAUUUGCUUCACACACUAUCUACUAUAUGGAAUAUAAUGGAGAAAAUGCAGCUCCUAAUAGACUACCUGUGAAUUUUUUCACGGCUAUAAUGCAUACCAAUACUAUCCAAGUAUUAUUUCUUUGUGUCUGAGACUUUGACUUGUAAAUUGGCAGAAGUCACCAAAUUUCAACAAAAUAGUAUAUAUGCUCUAUCAAGCACCAACCAUUGCUAUUAUACAAUACUUCAGUACUGUUGCAACCAUAAUACCAAACUCUGUGUUCCAAAAUUUGUAUUUUUAAGAACUACUGUUUCACAAAGACAUAGGUGGAGAGAGAGAGAGAGAGAGAGAGAGAGAGAGAGAGAGAGAGAGAGAGAGAGCGGGAGGGGGGGGGGGGGAUACAGAAGUAGAAGUUGACAGUGGUAACAGCCAAAUUCUAUGCAUUUUUAUUCUGACCCCCUCAUUUAUACUCCAUUUGUAAACUUUUUAUUUCUACUCACAGAUUGUAUUCAGAUUUGGUGUUAUCAGUUACGCCCUUCUACCAACUUCAACAUACUAUUUAUUUUCCAACAUUAUGAGUUUGUACUGUUGCAAUGUACUGUCAGCAUUUCCCCACAUUUUUCCAAGCACAAUGGGAGUCAUGUUUUCCUCUAAUGUUGCAAUUUAUUCCCUUUGACUCUUUCAAUAGUUUCAGUAAAUGUUAUGAGUUCUUUUCAAUGUUUUUUAAGCUGCUUCAAUAUAAAACUAUGAAGAAGAUAACUACGUUACUCCAUUGGGAUAGCAGUCAAAUGUAACUAUUUUUUCAUCAACACAGUAUUCUUUCUGCAGAAAAUGUUUCUAGAAUGAGAGUUUUUAGAUGGCACUAACUACUUUUCUUUUUUUUCAAAAAAAUGUUCUUUGCAUACAAAAUGCAUUAUUAGGAGUAGGAUUGUGCUUGGUUUUCUCCACAUUUUUCUUGUCAUGAAAUGUAUGAUUAUGUACAUAACCUUGUACAGAUUCAUACCCAUAGCUUAUUUAAUCCAUAUUGUUGACCCCCCUAUGGAAAGGAAAUGGGAAUGAUUAGAAAUUAGUGAAAAAAUUUUUAAAACUUCUUUGACUGUUGGUGAACUGGUGUGUUGGUAUCCUGUGAUAUGUUGACAAUAUAAAUACAUUACCAUUAUUUUGUGAAAUUUUUGAAAAAUGGGUGUAGAAUAUGUAAUGUAAUUAUUGUAUGUACUGUGUUUGAUUAGAAUACAGUGCUGUAAAAGAGUGACUAUGCAAAGCCUAGAUAAGGUAUACAUAAGACAAGGCUAGUGCCUUAGAAAUUGUUUGAUGGCUAAGAACAUCUGGGACAUAAAAAUUGAAAGGUAAUGUGAGGAUAAUAAAGAAUUCCACUGAAAUCUACAAAAUCUUAAAAAAGUUUGUGACAAAACCUCUGACCAGGCUAUUUGCCUGACUGCUUGGAGAGUCCACUCUUUUUCUGGAUCAGCUCUAGGAGGGAAGGGUCACCCGUCACUCAGGCCACCUUUUACUCUCGAGAAAGACUCCAGUAUUUGAUAGCAGGGUGAAUGGACAGGGGGGUCAUCCUAGAGGAAAUGGAAUGAGGAAAGGUCCUCAUCCCUAUCCAGGAUUGAGCCUAGUACUCUACCCUUUAGAUAACAACAGCCACAUACAAAAUCAUAUGCCAACAACAUAUUCUAGGUACUUAUAGCAAAUUUAAGAAAUUAACACUAUGAAAAAAUAAAUUUAAAAAAUACAAUAACCAUGGCGUACCCCCUUGUUAAAUAAUUAAUGCAGAAUUUCACAGUCUCCUUUGGAUCACCAUAAAUCUGAAAGAGCUAACACACACACACACACACACACACACACACACACACACACACACACACACACACACACACACAGCAUAAAAUAUUAAAAAAUCAAUGUAAUAUCUCAUUAGAAACGUGUGAAAAUAAUAAAUGAAACAAUCAUUUCAGAUUCACUCAGUUGAAAAGUAAGUGUCUACUGGAACGAGAAUGAAAAGGGGGUAAAAAAAUUUAUGUUAGAUUUAACACAUAAAAAAAAUUAGAUGAUGUAUCUACAUAAAAAAUCUUACAUGUGUUAUUUUAAUUUAUGAAACACUUUAAACCUGAAGUUUAAGGAAAUGAGAAUGUCUAUUUUCUCUUCGUCAUCACUAACCUUUGAUUUGGCACUAUGUAAGUCUUACAGAUUUUAAAACUGUAUCAUUUGUUGACACCCAAUUCUUGUAAAUAAAUAUGGUAAUUAUACCGUAAUUUAUUGGAAAAUAUCUGUAAGGUGGAUUAUGCUUAACAAAGACAAUAAAAGCAUCCUAGAUGAAAAAUACUGAUAGUUAAGUAGUAAGAUAUAGUAAUGUGCCAGUAUAUGUUUGGACAAAGUAUCACUUGUUAGCUGAAUCCUUUUGGGUCCCAUCACAAUUAUCAUAGUCUAAUAGAAUAUAGAAAUAAACGUAAUAAUGUAAUAUAAUAGCGUUUUCCAGACAAUAUUCAACACUUUACCCUUCUGUACAUUAGAAAUGUGUACCUAUCAUUUUCUCUGAAAAUGCGUAAUACUUUUAAGUACUUGCACAGGUAAACAGAAAUUAAAAUUGUAGACCUUCGCAUUCAAAACAGUUUCCAGAGGCUUAGUUGCUUCUUGACAUGAACAGCAGUUCCAAAACCCAAAUGUCAAGUGCUUAUAUUGCUAAACACAUCCAUAGCUUAGAAACAAACUGUUAACACAUUAAUCUUCAUCCUAAACACAGUACUGAUAUUAUUUUUUGUGAUGCGACCUUUGUUGUUUAGCUGUAGUAUCAAUAUGACAGUACUAGAUUUUAGUUUUUAAAACAAGGCACCAUUUAACUAAAUUCAUAUUCUUCCUUACAGUUUUGUCUUGUUGAUGAUGGUGUAUUCUAAUUAUCUGUUUAUUAUUUUAUACUGAAUGUUAAAUAGCUGAAUACAUUUAGUGGUUUUCGUGUGCUACCCCUAUAUAGUGUUGCUAUAUUGUUAUUUGAGGAAAUUCUGACUCUGCUCCUGUAUUCAAAUAAUGCAAAUAUGAGGGAAAUUACUUUCUAUUCUUUCAUUCACAGCAUGGAGCUCUUAGGCCAUAGUUUCACUGUACCUCAAAACUCUGAGAAACUGGAAGAGAAAUCUGAAAUAGGUUUAUGAAUCCUUAAAAACAAAUAAUUAGGAAUGAGAGGUUGUGCUGUGCUGUGCCCCCCCCCCCCCCCCCCCCCCCCCCCCUCUCUCUCUCUCUCUCUCUCUCUCUCUUUGCAAUUAUUUUUCCAGUAUAUUCUUUCUUUUAGUUUGAAGCAACUAUCUGUACUUGUUGAUAUGUAAUAACUGAAUACACAUUUUUAUAAUACCUACAUGUGACAAACCUAGACUAGAUGCUGUUUGCACGUUUUCUUGAAAAGUAUAUGUUAAAAAAGUUAAGGUUUUGUGAGACAUAAGCCGUAUGAAAGUGUAUGUGAGGUGCCACUGCACAUUGUUUAUCUAAUCAAAUUACUCUCUUUUUCUUCUUUCUCUUUCUACAAAUUGGCUUAAGAAUUCAUUUAAACAAUCACUGCCAUGCCAGUGAUCAUGUAAUAUUAAAUUCAUAAAGAUAUUUUUUUUUUACUUUUCAUUUGGCAGUACUUAACUUUGCCUUUUUUACUCAGAAAGAGGAGCUGUUGAAGGUGAUGAUUAACAUAGUGAACUAUUUCUUCGCUCUACUAAUUUCAAAAAUAACAUAUUAUGAAAUAUGCAACUAUUCACUCUUUUCUGAUAAUAGAGUCCAUUUCCAUUCCAGAGGCCUCAGAUAUUUAGAACCUCUAUAAUCCUCCCUAGUAACAUUAUAUGUGUAAUAUUUUCUAAUGUGUUAAUUGCAUAAAUUGUGUUUAUUUACAAGAGCAUCACUAAUUAAGUGAUGCUUUUACACAUCAUUACAUUCUCAUUCCACAGAGAUAUGGGUGCUUCUUUUUUUGGCCUCCACAGUAUCUUCAUCUGGGAGAGACAUGUCACUUAGAAGAAAGUGAGUUGGUUUCCAAAUUAUAGACAGUUGAUAUUUCAGGCAUAUUCUUGUGCCUGAGAAUAAUGUCAGGUGCAUUUUGUUGUUAAUAAAGGUCAUGAACUCUGUCUUACUAAUUUAGAUUCAUUAUUAUUUGUACAUACAUAUUAAGGUAAUGUGCACAAGUCCAUCUUCUGGCACAAUAUUGUCUAGGUCGUAUGUGGUUGAUUGACUCAUGAUUAAAUUUCUUGAAGCAUGAAGAAACCAAUGCAGGUUUCACAGACUGGAAAUUUUGUUGACCUGUAUCCCUCACAUCUGAAAGUUUUCUUAUAGCAUAGGCACUUACUGACAGUGUGGGACUUUUGAGUAACAUGACAGUCUUUAGAAGUCUGGAAGUGCCUCCCUAGGUAAAAUGAACCCAAGUAUCCAUACACAUGAUGUCUCUUUGUAUGGCUUAUGCAGAUGAGUUCCCUUGUUCCCUAAUCAAUUUCACACAAUUUCAAAUGUCACAGUAACACUUUCAAUGGGCUUUAGUGUUACUUAUCUUGUUUUGUGAACAAAAAGAGGCCACAUAUUUUCUCCCAUUACCAUGUCAGUAUCCCUCUCCCUUUGCCCCCUUCCAGUAUCCACACUCACACACGUCCUCACACCACCCAUUUCACCUGCCAUGUGACUUUCUCUCUCUCUCUCCCCUUCCCUCCCUCCCUCCCUCCCUGCCUACCUCUCCCCCCCUCUCUCUCUCUCCCAUUAGCUUAGGGAACAGUGCACCAAUAUUAGAGCAAAUAAGAUGACAGUGUACCUAUGUAUCUGAUACUUGUAUUACAAAUGCUGCAGUGUUUCUGUGUAUAGUCAAUGUACAAUUUUAAUGUUUGUCUCAAAUUUUAUUCUAAUCAUUUCUCAGGACAAGGUCACAAAUCAUGAAAUAUUACUUUUUUUCUGUUCUACAAGGAACAGUCAAAUGAAAACAGAACACCCACCGCAACAGCACCAUGCAAAGGUUCCAAUCAAAGUAAUCACCAUACAUGUUAAGACAUUUAUCUCACUGGAAUACGAGAUGAUCAUUUCCUGUUUUGUAGAGCAUAGUUAGCCACUGACAGAUCCUCAGCCACACCCAGUCUUGCACUUCCUCAUCUGACUGAAACCAACACUCAUGCAUGUCUUUCUUCAGAUUGCCACAGACAUGAAAAUCACACAGUGAAAAUUCCAGGCUGCAUGGAGAAUGUUGCAGUGUUUCCCAACCAAAUUAGCCAAUUGGCAGUGUGGGGGCAGUUAUUAUCAUGCAACAGGACGAUUCCAUCCGAUAGCUUGAGGGACUGAUGGCCCUGUGGUUUUUACUCCCCAAACCAACCAACCAUCUUACAGCAUUGCUCACCAUUUUAUCUUUAUGGCAUGUCACAGUUUCUGCAAAGUAUCUUCACACCACUGCACACUGAUUGCAGUUCCAUGCUCAAGGAACUUGACAAGCAGAGGGGCCCCAAUAGUUGAAGAAGAAAGUCAUUAUGAUUUUACCAGAAGUUGGGUGAACAGCUUUGGAUUUCUUCGGCAAGGGAGAGGUGGGAUGUUUCCACUGUUGGCUUUGCCAUCUGCCAUUGUGCUAUUGGAAUGCUGUUGGAGGGGAGCAUCCUGUUGUAUUAUGAUGCACACUGCCAGUAAGAUGAAGACUACCCAUCAGAAAUUUGUUCGGGAAACAAUGAAACAUCCUCUGUACAGGCUGGCUCUUUCACUGUGUGAUUUUAAAUCUGAAGAAAAUCAUGUGUGGAAGUCAGUUUCAGUCAGAUGAGGAAUGUAAAAGGGGGUGCAGUAGUGGAUCUGUCAGGAACCAACCACAUUCUACAAAACAGGAACUGAUCAUCUCAUCUCCCAAUGGGAUAAGUGUCUAAAUGCAUGUGGUAAUUUUGAAUGGAACCAUUCCAUGCUCCCAUUGUGGCAGAUGUUCGUUUUUCAUUUCAGUGCCUCUUACAUUUGAAACAGACCACAUAGGCCACAACUUUACCAUUUUUUUCUGCCACACAGACUCAGUUACAUCCAAUGCAACUAGACAUGAAUUAAUUACAAUUUAUACUUGUGUGUUGUACCAAAACAUAGUUCUGACACCUUGUAAGUCUAAUAAAAACUUGGUGCCUGAGUCACUGGCGAUGUUACAAAUUUGCUACCAGGAGAAUGACAAUAAUAAAACAGUAACUCGUGUAAUAAAAAGCUGUGUUGACUCCCUUCAUUUGUAAACUACUAUAAGGAACUGAAACAACUGUACAAAUAUUUUCUUGCAAGCUAGAAAUACUCUUUAGCUAUCUUAAUAGUUAGAGUAUCAUUCUAUUUUAUGAACUCCCUUAAGUGUGACAGUAGUGCCAAAGUAUCAUGGAAAGGCAGGGUAACACAUAAGCAUUCACUAUUGUGACAAUAAUAUUAAGAAUUUAUUCCUGCUAAUGUGCAGCUGUUUGGAAGUCUUUCAAUAUUACAUUAAAUGUUGUUACUUUCAACAGUAUUAUGAUAAUCAAUGUAAAAGUACAAAUAAUAAUAAAAAUACAAUUGCUGCAA